AAAAACUGCGAAAAUGACCUCAAAGGCUCAAAACGAUGCCUAUCGCAUCGCCCGGCAGGUGAAGAAGAACUUCCCGCAUCGCAACUUCCGUGAAAUCAGUUUCGACCGGGAGGCUAUCCGGAAGGAUAUCUUGCCCCUGUCUUAUGACGAAGCCUGCCGACUCCGGGGCCCUGUAUUCGAGGCCCUGGAGGACGAGUUGCGCCGGGGAGGAUGCACCAUGCUGCCGGAAUUCCUUCACUGCCUGGCCUCCAAGGAGCAGGCCCUCUUCGAGAGUCUGAAUAUUCGAGAGCGCCUAUCCGAUGACCUGCCGCUGCUCUACAAGAUCGUCAACAUCCUGGCCGACGCUGAGUUGUCCGUGAUUGUGAAUAAGCAUCGAGGACUGAAAGCGUGCUUCUCCGGAUUCUAUGACACCAUGCAGAUUCUGGAGCCAUACCGCCAGAAGUACGGAUACGCCCUGAAUGCCCUGAACGAGCACAUCAUCUCGCUGUGCCACAACAUUCAGGGGCAGGAGCGAGAUGCAAACGAGCCCAUCUCAAGGAUCUACUACGCUUAUGCCACAUAUCUGGCAAACACGGGUCAGCGGGUGAAUGCCAUUGACUAUCUCCAGAUCGCCAUGAAUCUGGUCCGGGGUCAUGUCUGGACCGCCGAGCUGGGAAUGCCCGCGGGCAGCCUCACUCUCCACGAACUGGUUGCCCAGGACCUCGCCCGCCUGCUGCUCAUCCAAGGCAAGGCCGUUGUGCGCCAGCAGCCGGAGGAUGCCGUGGCCAUGGCCCGACGGGCAACCGUCCUCAUAGCCGAGAUUGGCAGGGAGAAGAACUUGGAGAUAUUCAUCGACACCUUCUUGGAGAGGGCCAACUUUCUGAUGGAGAUUGGCAACUACAACUCGGCCCAGCAGUGUCUGGACCAGAUCCGCACCCAGAUCCUGGCCUGCACCGAAUAUCGGUUUAUCAAGUUGAACAUUAAGUAUUAUCUGUUCCAAGGACAGUGCUAUGAGGUCUUUGAGGUCGUGGACAAAGCCAUUUCGAGCUACAAGAGAGCCCUGCGCCUUUCGCGCAUCUACUCGCACAAGGACCUGGAGGCGCAGAUCCUUCUGUAUUUGGGAAAAAUCUUCGCCAAGGAUACCCAAAUGACGAGUAUUGCCAAAAAGUGCUACGAACAUGCCAAGCGCAUUUACGUGGACUUCAAUGACCAGCACAGUCGCAAAAUGGCCAACUACCUGAAGGCCAAGCUGAUGGCCGACGAGAUCACUCCUCUGUACAUGGCCAUGUUGAAGGCCUCCACUUCGAGGUACUGUGCCUUCUUCAAUCUCCGCCAGUGGAAGAACCGCUGCCGUCCCUUCUGGCAUCAUCUUGGCGAUGAGAUCAUCAAACAGGAGCGGGAUAGUAUCUACUGUCUGCUCGACGAGGAAAAGGAGGAUAUUGUCCGUGAUAUAGACGAUAUCGAACUGAAAACCUAUAAGCUAGAGGAGGGUGACAUUUAA